AUGUGGGUGCCUUUGCUAGCUCUCACAUUGACCCUUGCGGCGUGUCACAAGGUAAACCUCGCUCCAGAGUUUGCCAAUGGACAGACCUAUGUCUACAAAUAUGAGGCCACUGUUAUGGGUGGCCUGCCUGAGAUGGGUCUGGCACGGGCUGGAGUAAAAAUCCGUUGCAAAGUCAUGAUCAGUGCGGAUUCUGGUAACACCUUCAUCCUGAAGCUUGUAGACCCAGAAAUCCUUGAGUUCAGUGGCAUCUGGCCCAAAGAGGAUUUCGUCCCAGCUACCAAUCUUACUACAACCCUGACUGCUCAGCUCUUGACACCCAUCAAGUUUGAGUAUGCUAACGGUGUUGUUGGAAAGGUGUUUGCUCCGGUUGGCCUCUCUGAAACUGUGCUGAAUCUCCAAAGAGCAAUCCUCAACAUUUUCCAGCUGAACAUCAAGACGACUCAAAAUGUCUAUGAUCUGCAAGAGCCUGGAGUACAGGGUGUGUGCAAGACCCACUAUGCCAUGAGUGAGGACGCAAAGGAUGACCGCAUCCUGUUGACCAAGAGUAAGGACCUCAACCAGUGCCAGGAGAAAAUCAUGAAGGAUAUUGGCAUGGUUCACGGAGAGAGAUGCGUUGAAUGUGAGGCUAGAGGACAGAGCCUGAAGGGAGCUGCUGCUUUUAACUACAUCAUCAAGCCAACAGCCACCGGUGCUCUGAUCUUGGAGGCAUCUGGUACAGAGAUCAUGCAGGUUUCACCUUUCAACAUCUUGAAUGGUGCUGCCCAGAUGGAGUCUAAGCAAUCCCUUACCUUCCUGGAUAUUCAGAAAGCCCCAUUGGAUCCCGUCAAAGGUGAAUAUCUUCACCGUGGAUCCGUGCAGUACGAGUUUGGCAGCGAGCUUCUCCAGACACCCAUCCAGCUUCUGAAGAUCACCAAUAUCAAGGCUCAGGUUGUUGAGCUUCUGGAGCACAUGGUGACCCACAACGUGGACGUAGUCCACAAACAUGCCCCUCUGAAGUUCAUUGAGCUCCUCCAGCUACUGCGUGUGGCAAAAUGUGAUAUUUUGGAGACCCUCUGGACUCAGUACAAAAAUAGAGUCCAUUUCAGACGCUGGAUCCUGAAUAUUGUCCCUGCCAUUGGUACUACUACUGCUCUGAGGUUCCUAAAGGAGAAGUUCCUUUCUGGUGAGCUGAGUCUUGCAGAAUCUUCUAAAACGCUGCUGGCAUCUCUACACAAGCUGACAGUUGACCUCGAGGCCAUCAAGCUAGUAGAGACCCUGUCUAAGGAGCAAAAGAUCCAAGACAGCCCAAUUCUGCGUGAGAUUGUCAUGCUAGGAUACGGCACCCUGGUUGCUAAAUACUGUGUAGAGAACCCAUCCUGCCCCGCUGAGCUUGUGAGGCCUCUCCAUGAACUUGCUGUCCAGGCUGCUAGCAGCAAUGACAUCGAGAAGCUCAUUGCCACUCUCAAAGUCAUAGGAAAUGCUGGACAUCCUUCCAGCCUGAAGCCAAUCACAAAGCUCCUGCCUCUCUCUGGAAGUGCUACUGCUGUUCUGCCACUCAGAGUUCAGAUUGAAGCUGUUAUGGCCCUGAGGAACAUUGCUAAGAGGGAGCCCAAGAUGAUCCAGACUAUGGCUAUUCAGCUGUUCAUGGACAAGACUCUCAACCCGGAACUCCGUAUGGUUGCUGCUCUUGUAUUGUUUGAGACCAAGCUGCCCAUGGGUCUGGUGAUUACUCUUGCCAAUGCCGCCUUGAAUGAAAACAAUCUGCAGAUCGCUAGCUUUGUCUACUCUUACAUGAAGUCUAUGACCAGGAACACAACUCCUUACUUUGCCUCAGUUGCUGCUGCCUGUAACGUUGCUAUGAAGCUACUCAGUCCCAAAUUGGACAGACUCAGCUAUCGCUUCAGCAGAACUCUCUAUCUUGAUUCCUACCACGAUGCCUGGAUGGCGGGUGCUGCUGCCACCGCCUUCUAUAUUAAUGAUGUUGCAACUGUUUUGCCAAGAGCCAUUGUGCUCAAAGCUCGCACCUAUCUGGCAGGAACUUUUGCUGAUGUUGUUGAGGUUGGAGUGAGAACUGAGGGAAUACAGGAGGCCAUUCUGAAAGUCCAAGAGGGUCCAGAUAAUGCUGACAGGCUGACCAAGAUGAAACAAGUUAUGAAGGCUCUUUCUCAGUGGAGUGCUCAACCUUCCAGCCAGCCCCUGGCCUCUGCAUAUAUGAAGUUCUUCGGACAGGAAGUUGCAUUUGCCAACAUUGACAAAACCCUUAUUAACCAUAUUCUUCAGCUUGCCUCUGGACCAGCAAUUCGCACUCUUGGCCAGGAGGCUUUAGAUGCUGUGCUGACUGGUUUCAAAAGCCAUUACUCUAAUCCAUUCUUGAUGGCUGAGGUUCGUCGCAUCCUUCCCACCACCGUUGGUCUGCCCAUGGAGCUCAGUUUCUAUACUGCUGCUGUGGUUGCUGCAUCUCUUGAAUUGUCUGCAAGUGUAACACCACCUCUGUCUGCCGACACACGUGUUGCCCAGCUUCUGAAGUCUGAGAUAAGCAUUAAGGCUGCCAUUAACCCCAGUGUUUCCAUGCAUACCUACGCAGUUAUGGGAGUGAAUACUGCUCUCAUCCAGGCUUCUCUGAUGUUAAGAGCCAGAGUUCACUCAACUACGCCUGCAAAGUUAGAAGCAAGAAUUGACAUUAUGAAGGGAAACUUCAAGCUUCAGAUCCUUCCUAUUACGGGUGUCACAAAGAUCGUAUCUGCACUUGUUGAUACUUUUGCUGUUGCAAGAAAUGUAGAAAACCUCUCAAAUGCCAAAUACACACCAAUAAUCCCAGCUGCACUGGAAUCACAGGCGUUAAGGGAGACCAUCACCUCAAAGUUUUCAAGGAUGGCAUCCUCUCUGUCUAAUAGCAUGUCAGCAUCAUCUGAAAUCAUUCCCGCUGGCCAGUCAAGUAACAAUUCCAGCGAACUGAGACGUCCCUCAGACCUCAAGAAGAAAAUAUGUUCAGAAAGCAAAGCUUUUGGUAUCAAGUCAUGCACUGAGCUUAAGUCUAGCAACAUCGCUUUCAUCAGAAACUGCACACUCUACCACAUGAUUGGAAAACAUUCCAUCAUGAUUGAUGUUUCACCAGCUGAUGGGCCAGCUAUCGAGAAUAUUCAAAUUGAGCUUCAGGUUGGAGAAAAGGCAGCAGAUAAGAUCAUCAAAGUGAUUACCAUGAGUGAGGAAGAACGUCUUGACGACAAGAGCGUGCUGAUGAAACUAAAGAAAAUCCUGGUAUCUGGUCCGAGGAACACCACAUCAUCUUCAUCCAGCUCCAGCAGCUCUCAUUCUCUCAGCUCUGGCUCCAGCAGCUCUUCUUCUAGAUCAUCCUCAUCCAAGUCCUCCUCCAGCUCCUCCUCCAGCUCCUCCUCCAGCUCCUCCUCCAGCUCCUCCUCUCACCGUAAUAGCAAGCAGGUCAAUGCUAACACUUCAAGCAGUUCUUCAAGCAGUUCUUCAAGCAGUUCUUCAAGCAGCCGUUCAUCUCAAUUAACCAGCAGCAAAUCUUCCAACUCCAGCUCAUCCAGCUCCAGCUCCAGCUCCAGCUCAUCCAGCUCCAAGUCCAAGCAACAACUCUAUGAAAUGAAGUUCAUCAAGAACCACAUCAAGCAGAAUCAUAUAGUUGAUGAGACAACCACAGUGUGUAUGACAUGUUUAAGCAGGCUAAAUGUAUGGUUUCUAUGUUUGCAGAAUAAUCGCUCCAAAGAACGUUCCACCAGCAGUCGCAGUCGCCAAAGUUUCGAGAAAAUCUACAAUAAGGCCAAGUACCUCUCUGAUACCGUCGCUCCUGCUGUGACCAUUCUCAUACGUGCUCUGAGAGUCGACCGCAAGGUCCAGGGAUACCAGAUUGCAGCUUACGUUAACACAACUGAUGCCAGAGUGCAGGUCAUUUUUGCCAACCUGGAAGAGAAUGACAACUGGAGAAUCUGUGCCGAUGGUGUGAUUCUGAGCGAUCACAAAGCGAUGGCUAAGAUUGCCUGGGGCAUUGAGUGCAAAGAAUACGAUACUGAGAUCACAGCUGAGACUGGUCUUGUGAGUAAAGAUCCUGCAAUCCGCCUGAAGCUUACCUGGGACAGACUUCCAAAGAGCAUGAUGCGCAUUGCAAAAGAGUAA